UACGGUACGGCAACAUCGACAGCAGCUGUCGCGUAAACAAACACGUUUCACUCUUCCAAAAUUGUAAAUAAGUUAAAAUACAUAAAAUUUAAUCAAUUAAAAAAACUGUUACCUUGUAAUGAGUAUGAGGUGAUGCAAUGGAUUCAUCCACAGAUUUAAUACAGCAUCUGGAAAAACCGCACCAGAAUGUAAAAAUUAAUCCUCAUGCAAGUCUCCAGCACCAACAGCCGGCUGUAGCUCCUGCGGAAACCUUUGAAGCACAGCACGAUGUUAAAUUACAAAAUGUUGUUGCUACAGUGUCCUUGGCAUGCGAGUUAAAUUUGCAAGACAUAAAUAACCGCACACGAAACUCCGAAUAUACCCCUUCAAGAUUCCAUGGCGUUGUAAUGCGAAUGCGCGAUCCCCGAUGCACUGCACUAAUCUUUCGCACAGGUAAGAUAAUUUGCACGGGGGCACGUAAUGAAGCGGAGGCUUCAUUGGGGUCACGAAAGUUUGCUCGUAUUAUACAGAAACUAGGAUAUCCUGUGAAAUUUUCCGAUUUUCGUCUGCAAAAUAUUGUUGCGACCGUGGACUUGCGUUUUCCAAUACGUUUAGAGCAUUUAAAUCAAAUGCAUGGCCAAUUUAGUUCAUAUGAACCAGAGUUGUUUCCAGGUCUUAUAUAUAGAAUGGUUAAACCUCGUAUGGUAUUACUGAUAUUCGUGAAUGGUAAAAUUGUAUUUACCGGUGCUAAAGCGCGUAGAGAUAUUUUAGAGUGCCUAGAUGCCAUUUACCCCAUAUUACUAAGUUUCCGUAAAAACUAAUUUCACAUUUUCUCCAAAACAAAAUUAAGAAUAACGUACAUUAUUACUAGUUAAUUUAAAAUGCAUUUUGUUUUUAAGGCUUAUAUAUAUGUAUAUUGUAAGAUUACGUACAUGCUAUGACUAUUUUGUAAUUAUGAAAAAAUAAAGAGAUUCACAUUUUAGCAACA